UCUGGCAGUGCCAAUGUCAAAUAUAAAAAACUCGUUUCGCUUAGGUUUACUGCCUAUUUAUUUUAAUUUGUGUAACUAGUGCCACUGAUAUUGUUGGUAUCAAAACAAUGACUACGACAGUAAUGAAAGUGGAAACUGAAACGGAGACUUGCUCUGUUUGCGGCGGCGGGGGUGAUUUAUUCACCCCGGAGGAGCAUGACGCCGGGUCGCCCCCUAUGCAAGUCCCUUUGCGAACUAUGCUUUUGCAUCUAAACAAUAACAAGGUUCUACCCGAUGGCAAAUUAUGCGUAAGUUGCAUUCGACGUGCCUUGGAAGCUUAUGAAUUUAGCACAGCAUUAAGCACCCGAACAGCGCCUCCACUGAGUGAAAAAAUACGUGCUUUAAGACGAAAACUUCAUGAAUUAACGCAGAAAAUUGAUGUCUUCAUUGUUGUGGGAGGUCCAAGUGCUAACUCUGGCGGUGUUUAUAGUGAGGAUGAUAUUAUUAUGGUGGAUAAAGACGCAUUGGCCUUGGCUGCUGCAGCUGAUGAUGAGGAUCUGGAGAAAGCAAGGAAUGCAUGUGGGGAUAGUGUUUAUCAAUGCACAAUUUGUCCGAUGUCUUUUCAGCAUGCAAGCGAGUAUCGUGAACACAUCGCUACACAUCCCAGCGGCGCGCGCCAUUCGUGCUGGACCUGUGGCGCACAGUUCACCAGCAAGGAUGCCCUCAAAGACCACUCCAUACUGCAUGCCACCGCCCUGGAUGCACAGAGUCUCAUGUGCAAUCUGUGCAACAUGUCUUUCCAGAGCAACGGAGAGAUGCGUCGCCACGAGGCGUCUUGCGCGGCGACCUGUCCCGUGUGCUCGAUGCGUUGCGGCACCCGCAGUGCGUUGUCCACGCACGCACGCCGCAUGCACGCACGCGCCGCACCCAUUCUGUGCGCGCAGUGUUUCCUCGUGCUGCCGAGCCUGGACUCGAGCGCCGCGCACGCGCUCACUCACCGCCAGGCGGACCGCUUCGUCUGCGGAUACGACGCGUGCAUACUGAGAUUUGCUACCAGGAACGACUUGUUGGCUCACAUCCGCAAGUGUCACUCGGGGGAGUUGGUGGAAGUACCCGACCCCGCCCCGCCCGCACAGCCGCCCCCGCCAAUCGCGUGCGACCAUUGCGGGCGAACAUUCGCCUCAGUGGCUGCUCUGAAGCGACAUUCGAGAGUGCAUCGGCGGGAAAUACCGCAGGAGGAAGCAGAUUGGGACAGCGGAGAUAUUGACCAGGCUUUGAGCAGUAUGCACGGAAUAGAACCUUUGGAAGGAGACAUAGAGUAUCUUGAAAUGGAGGCAUUGGAAGAAAUGUAAUGAUCUAAGUAUUUUGUAGAGUUUUGUUAAUUAAUAAAAUAAAUAUAUUAAAAAUAAUUUAGAU